ACGAGUUGGAGAGAGAUCUAAACGGUUAGGGGGCGGCCACUUCUUUAUAUUCUAUUACUUCAUUUCCUUUUCUUCUCUCUCUCUCUCUCGCUUCUCUUUCUCCCACGAUCUCACUGUUCUCCCUUUCUACUCCCCCUACCGGAAAUUUUACCCUUCUCCCUCUAACUACCGCCGCCACCGGCCCUCGAUAAUAUUCGUCUCCUUCUUAGCUGUUCCGCGGGCUAGUCGAGCUUGGACCGGCCCUUACUCACCCACACUGCUCUCGGUUUUUAGGCAUCCCGAUCUUUCGAUUCUAUCUCUCGGUCUCUUGUCCGGUCGUCACUUCCAGCUACCACCAGCUUCGUUCCGAUAAUAUUUUCCGAUCAGCUUGCCGGAAAAUUGAAGUCUCGGCACCCAUUGUAAAUCGAGAGGUUGGUAGGGCCGAAGGUGCCCCCCAUUUUGAAAGUUAGGGUUUUUGAUUUUGGGAGUUGAUAAUGGUCCACCGUUUUGUAAAACAAUGACAUAUGGAUCCUGAAGGAAAGAAGUUUGGAAGAGGACCAAGGGAACUGACUGGUGCUGUAGAUCUCAUAAGUCACUACAAGUUGUUGCCACAUCAUGAGUUUUUCUGCAAGAGAUCACUUCCUUUGUCAAUUUCAGACACACAUUAUCUUCACAAUGUUGUUGGAGACACAGAAAUUAGAAAAGGAGAAGGGAUGCAAUUGGAUCAGCUUAUUCAGAACACAUCCUAUUCCAGAGAGCCAAAUGCACGAAUACAACCGUUUGACCUAGAUAUUCUAAGAGAAGCCUUUCAGUUAAGGGAAACGGCUCCUGUUGAUUUGCCCCUUGCAGAGAAGGGGAUCCCUACUGUUGCAGGAAAAUCGAAAGGUGAGUCCAAGGACAAGGAGAGGAAGCAUAAAAAGCGCAAAGACAGAGAUAAGGAUAAUGAUAAAGAGCACAAAAAGCAUAGGCACCGCCAUAAAGACCGAAGUAAAGAUAAAGACAAGGAGAAGAAGAAGGAUAGAAGCGGACAUCAUGAUUCUAAUGCUGACCAAUCAAAGAAACACCAUGAAAAGAAAAGAAAGCAUGAUGGCGAUGAAGAUAUUAAUGACAUUCACCGACACAAAAAAAGUAAGCAUAAGAGUUCAAAAAUUGAUGACAUGGGUGCGAUAAAGGUUGCCGGCUGAAAAGAUGGCCUACAGUGGUUGGGUUAUUAUUCUCAAAUGGUUGUUGUUGUAAGAGUUUGGAGGGGUCUUUUACUCUUCAAAUUGCUUGAGGGUAAAAGUUGCUAAGAAUGGACUUUUUUGUAUCAUUACAAUGGUAUAAUAUGAUUAUUAGUUAUGUGCAAGACUUCUAAAUAGGUUGUUUCUCAGUUUCUACGGCGCAUUGGAUAUCUCAGGUUGUACACAUUACUAUAAUUUUCUUUUGUUUGAGGUUUUUUAUUUUUUUUUUAUUUUUUGGAUUAGCUUGAAUUAGAUUUUCCAGGUUUUAGGAAGAAUAGAUUGAGAAAGGGGAUUGUGUAUAUUGGUUCUAUUUUUCUUCAUCUGUUGUAGCAAAUGGCUAACAUAUAUGUUUAGUCACCCAAAAUGAUUGUAGGGACUACUAGAACUAUGUUCUCACAUUAAUCGCCAAUUCAUUUAUUAGGUUAUUGUGUACUA